GAGGGUCUGUGAGAUAUUGAACCUUUGAAGAGCGUUCUCUGUCUGUGUCUGUCUCUGAUCUCACUGCAGAUUAUGGAGAGAUUGGUUGAUUGAUUAUCAGAGAGUAACUUUACCAACGCUACCACUGCUAGCUUCUCUCUGGGGUGAGGAGACAGAGAACACAGGGAGAGGAGAGGACAGGUGAGAAAGAGAAGAGUGAAGAAGCAGGGGAGAGUAUCAAAAUAAGAGGUGAGGACUGACUGAGGAGAGUGGGAGGACCAGGCCUCUGAGUGGUCUGAUACAGGAAGAGAGGUAGAGAGGAAGGGUGUUGACCCCGUUGCCCCGCUGUUGGGAUAGAUACAAUGGCAUCGCCUCUAUUGAUGUACCACGGGGCGAUCAGUAAACUGGACUGUGAGGGUCUGCUGGGGAAGAAGGGGAAGGAUGGAGCCUACCUCCUCAGAGACAGCGAAACCAUCCAAGGAGCCAUGUGUCUGUGUGUCUAUAAAAAGAAGGUGGUGUAUACCUACAGAAUCCUCCAGACCCACACUGGAAGCUACACCCUGCAGACAGCGUCUGGUGUAGAGGAGAAAUUCUUUAAGACGUUAGAGGAGCUGGUCCGCCAUUAUAAGCGUCGGGGGCAGGGAUUGGCUCAGCAUCUGCGCCACUCAGUCAAGAGGAAGACACUGCUACAACUUCCCGCCCCCAAUGUCAUCGAUGAGGUGCCUGAUUAUGAAAAUGUGGAUGCAUCAGACUACGUUGUUGUCCUGCCCUCUUGAUUCAGCAGCACACCCCUGACCUAUGAGCCUGUAAAUAUCUAGGUGUGGUGCCUUCAGGCAGGUUUUUUACAUUUUUAUCCUGAUGCCAGGGGCGGACUGGUCAUCUAGCAUUUCGAGCAAAUGCCAGAUGAGCUGGUCAAAUUUUAGCCCUUAAGGCCUGUCUAAUUCAUAUAUAUUUUUUAGCUAAAUUAUCAUUAUCUGGCUAAUAAUUGGGACCUCAAAAGGGAAAAAAUMGGCUGGUGUGUUAGAAAUGCCAGGGCUGAUUUUUGGUCUCGCUCCUGCCUUAUGCAAUGUGUUGUGUGCUGUUCUGUGUGCCAGGGAUACUGAGAUUGUCAGAGAGAAUAGUGUUUGUCUGGUUGUUGAAGUGGAAGUUAAAAUCUAAUUUUAUUUGUCACAUACACAAUGGGUGUAGACUUUACUGUGAAAUGCUUGCUUACGAGCCCUU